AUGCGUUUCUCAACCGUUCUCUCGGCCCUUUUGCUUUCCAGCACCGCGCUGGCCACACCAGCCCAGGUCUCCUCGGUGCUCGGUGCUGUGACACAGGGGAAUGCAGCGGAGGAGCAGUCGGUAGCCCGAACACCGGCGGCGGCAGAGGCUACUCCGGCUGCACAGCCAGGUACCGCCAACAACCAGCAGAACGCCAAUGUCGCCAAGAAUCAGGAACAAGAAGGCAGUGCUGACCCUCAGUCAGCACCCACGGCCAAUUUCAACCCCCAGCAGGCACCCGCAGCCGGUGCCAGUUCUCAACAAGCUCCCACGGUCAAUGUCAAACCCGAGUCAGCAGCUUCCAGUGCCAAAGCCGAACAACCCACUGCACAGGCUGAGCAGCCGGCAGCUAGCCAGAAUACCCAGCAGAGUGUCAGCCAGGACGGUGGAAGUCCACUGAGCAUCUUGACCGACAUUCCACUGGUAUCAACACUCACUGGUGAGAAAACAAACAGCAAUUCUCCAGUUACAACUGCUGCCUCUGGGGAGAGCUCCUCUACAUCUGAGGCUGCCGCUCCAACUGCAGCUACAUCAUCCACUAGCAAGAGCGGUGAAUCAAGCUCCUCGUUACUGGGAGAUGGGUUGGAUGGUUUUUCCGGAAACAUCUUUAAGGACCUCAAGAACUUGUUGGAGGGCAUUUCAGGCCUUCUCUCUCCCACUUUGCUGAAAGACAUCGAAUCUUUCUUCCACCACUUCGCAUAUCUGUUCGAUGACAAGACUACCGACCAGACCAAGUCGUUGAUUGACACUGGAUACAAACUCCUCACCCCUGAGCUGACCAAGGAAGUGCUGGGUCUUUUGGAAAACGCAAAUGCUUUGCUGACACCAAACUUUGUGAAUGAGACACAAGAGCUGAUCGGAGCAGUCGGCCCGCUGCUCUCGCCUCAACUGUUCAAGCAGAUCUCUAACUUGCUGAACAAUGGUAACAGUCUGCUGACCGCUGAUUUUGUCAAGGAGGUCAAUGGUCUGAUUGGCAACGCCAAUACCCUGUUGACAGCCGACUUCGUCAAGGAGAUCAAGCAGCUUGUUGACGCUGUCGGUCCACUGCUGUCUCCUGAGCUGUUCAAGCAGAUCUCCAACUUGCUGAAUAAUGGUAACAGUCUGCUGACCGCUGGAUUUGUCAAGGAGGUUAAUAGUCUGAUUGGCAACGCCAAUACCCUACUGACGGCCGACUUCAUCAAGGAGACCAAGCAGCUCAUCAAUGCUGUCGGUCCCCUGCUGUCUCCUGAGCUGUUCAAGCAGAUCAGUGGUCUGCUGAACAAUGCCAACAAUCUCUUGACGCCUGAAUUUGUCAAGGAGACCUCCAGCCUGAUUGGAGCUGUUGCUCCUGUCUUAACCCCUGAGCUGUUCAAGGAGAUUGGCACUCUACUGGUCAAUGCCAACAGUCUCCUGACUGCCGAUUUCGUGAAGGAGACCAGGCAGCUUAUCAAGGCUGUUGGUCCUCUCCUGUCUGCAGAUCUGUUCAAGGAGAUCAGUGCCCUGUUGAAUAACGCCAAUGAUCUAUUAACACCUGAAUUCAUCAAGGAGACUUCCGGUCUAAUUGGAGCAGUUGCUCCAGUUAUCACUCCUCAGCUGCUCAAAUCCGUCAACUCGUUGCUGAACAACGCCAACGAUCUUUUGACCCCGACCUUCGUCAACGAGACCCAGGGUCUGAUUGGUGCUGUGGCGCCCAACAUCACUCCUCAGCUGUUCAAGGAAAUUGCGAGCCUGCUGAGCAAUGCAAACCACCUGUUGUCUGAUGAUAGCAUCGAAGACAUCCAAGGCUUGCUGGAUAAUGCCAUUGACUUGCUGACACCCGAAUUUGUGAAGGAAACCAAGGGCCUGAUUGGCGACGUCUCGCCAGUCAUUACACCCGCACUGCUGGGACAAGUUGGUGGUCUCUUGGGCAAUGCCAAUGACCUGCUCACACCCAAGUUCGUCAACGAAACAAGAGAUUUGAUCGAUGGCAUCUCCCCUGUCAUCACCCCUGAGCUUCUGGUGGAAGUCGGUGGUCUGCUGAGCAAUGCCAACAAGCUGCUCACAACCAAGUUCGUCGAGGAAACUCAGAACCUGAUUGACAGCGUCGGACCGGCCCUCACCCCGGCCCUCUUCACCAAUGUCACCUACGUCCUGGGCAACGCAACCCAAUUGCUAACGCCCAAAUUCGUCAAUGAGACGAGAGACUUGAUCGAUGGCGUCUCCCCCGUCAUCACCCCCGACCUUCUUGUGGAAGUUGGUGGUCUCCUUAACAACGCCAAUGAUCUUCUCACCAGGAAAUUCGUCAAUGAAACACAAAUCCUGAUCGAGGAUGCUUCUGAAUUGCUCCCCGUCCUGGUAAAGAUAUUGGGCACGUUGUAA